GCCCUGUUUUAGCCAAGCAAAACGAACGACUUCACGUUUCGACAGGUACCACACGAAAAAUGAAUGGGAGUAACAAAAGAGCGCACAAAAGCCGGCUGGGGGAAUUUAAAACAGAUGAUAAGAUUGUGCUAAUCCAAUCGGUGCAGACUAAGCCAAUACUUUGGGAUACAAACCACGAGCGGCACUUCCAUGGGCCACUUUUGAAAAAGGCUUGGGAAAGAGUGGCUGCAGAGGUAAAUAGAGAUGUUAAGAGCUGCAAGGCUGCCUGGAAGUCCCUGAGAGACAGCUAUAAGUAUUAUCGCAACACAAAAAAGUCGAAAAGUGGAAAUACCCAAGAAGAUGAGGAUUACGUAGAGUGGAAAUUUGCUGAACACAUGGCCUUCUUGCCAGGCUCAACUACAUUACAACGGACCCGAAGUUCUACGUAUGCUGCAGAUGAGACGGAGGCCGCGCAAGAUCAGGGUCAGGAUCAGUAUGAGGAACUGGAAAUGAAGUUCUCGGAUCAACCGGAUUUCUUGGACUCAAAAUUAAUGGGGUCCGAUGGUGGAGACAGCAUCCGAGGAGAAGAGAACGAGAACGGGACUAACAACGAUUUAGUCGACAACGAUCUAAGUGACUCUUUGCACACAUAUGAAGAAAAUAGGCCUUCAAAGAGGAAAAGGUUUGAUCCGCCAUCGUCAUCGUCACCAUCUCCAACACCUGCGAAAAAAAUGUGCGACAUUUUAAGUAAAUUCCUUCAGAGUGAGAAUAAGACUGCUCCGAGGAGACCCAUUUUUGACUACUGGGAGUCGCUGCUUGAUAAAAUGCCUCCAGAGCUGGCGGAUGUGGUUGAGCAAAAAAUGACUAAAGUCCUCUGGGCCGAACAGGAUGCAUUUAAAUCUCAAGAUCAACAAAGAUAAGACCUAAUUCAUCUUUUUUAAAUGCCUACUAUAUAAACUUAAAGUGAAAGACUAUUUUUUUGUGUUUUUAAAUUCCUAACAAUCAUUUCUUGCCUUUUUUAAUUUUAAUGACCUUAUUUAAAUGGACAAAAAAAAGUUAAACCAUUCCGAAAUAAAAUUAAUAUUUUAUAUUUUAUUUAAUCCUGAGACAACGUGUAAUCUUAAAGAAUGCAUUCGGAUCUCUACAGAGAAGCAUUUAAAUUAGUGUUAAUGAAUAGGUAACUAAAUAAAUCUCGUUAACAGUA